GGGCGGGGGGGGUCGCGCCCCCGUGUGCCGGGCCCAGUCCCGGUCCCGUGUCUCGGUCCCGGGAAGGCGGCGGGUUGGCAGCAGGGGAGCAGAGUGUGCCCGCUGUGUCUGCGCGAACAGAGCCGGCUCUGCGCCCCCGGGCGUUGGCACCGUCCCCUCCCGUGGAAUCCUGCCCGUCCUGCCGAGCGCGCUCCGAGGCCGCUCAAGUGCUGCCUCAAGUGCUCUCGCUUUGCUCGACGCUGCCAGAUUGACAGGCAGCAGUUUGAGGAGACGGUCCGGACGCUGAACAACCUCUAUGCAGAAGCUGAAAAACUUGGGGGCCAGUCUUACCUGGAGGGGUGUCUGGCCUGCCUGACUGCCUACACCAUCUUCCUGUGCAUGGAGACACACUAUGAGAAGGUUCUAAAGAAAAUUGCCAAGUUCAUCCAGGAACAGAACGAGAAGAUCUACGCUCCUCAGGGCCUCCUGCUGACAGACCCCAUUGAAAGAGGACUCAGAGUUAUUGAAAUUACCAUUUAUGAAGACAGAGGCUUGACCAGCGGAAGAUAAAACUGUGGAGUCUCAGACGACAGCUCACCGGUGGACUCGCUGUACCAAGGUUCCCCUACCUCCUACUUUAGAGCAUCAUUCCUUUCUCUGCUGCCAGAUCCACAGUGCCAUCUACUACAAGGACUAACUUCCUCAAACUGCUCCCCAGGGGGUGACUCAGCUGGUCAGCAUCCACUUUACAGGAGAUUUUGAAGCAAUGAAAUCACUUUUUAGUUUUGUUUCGGCUUUGGGAUUUAUUUUUUCUUUUCUUCUGAAGAAAAAGCAGAAGUGGUAGAGCUGCUUUCUCCCCUGAAAGAAAGGGGGCCCUCAGCCCAGCCAGGAGGGACCCAAGGCAAUGCCUCUUGUAGGAAACCAGAGGGCAAAGUGCUCCUUGUGUGGAUGUGUUGGUUGUCCCUGGAAGGGGAGGAGUGGCCAGACCUGAACCCUGGUGGUCUUUGGGCCUGUUGGGCUGUGAGCAGUGAGCACAGUAAAGUGGAUGCUGAGCCAAUAAACAUAACAACUCCCACCCUACUCUGAUUAAUAUGUGAAGUGUACAACUGUUUCUUUAUGGGUUUAUUAUCUAUAAAUUAUAGGAAAACAUGGCUUUGACGAGCUGUUAGGUGUCGUGUGAGGUGGUCUCCCAGUGCUGGUGCUGCAGGAGCAGAGCUGUGCAUUCCUUGGCAGCCUCGUGCAUGGACAUUGCUCAGCACCAUGGAGGGCCCACAGUCCCAGCUGGCUUAAUCCUUUCCCUUCCAUCCUUUUCCCUGAUGAAAGCCUGGGUUUAGGUGCCGGGUGUCAGUGUCCAGUUGUAGAAGGAACUCAGGAGUUCGGAAGAGGCAACUAAGCAGGGGCCCAGGGGCUGAUUUGAUGGUGCUGCAGGUGCUAAUACUGGAUCUGGAACUCCAGGCUCAUUCCUCAGCCACUGUGGGGUUUUGUUUGAGAUUUGUUUAAUAUUUUCAUUGUAUAAAAACUUGUUUUUUCUAAACUGUGUAACAGUGUUUGCCUUUCACAGCUGUUGCAAUAUUGGCAGAAGUACUGAUCAGUAAACCUUUUCUUAAACCGA